AUGUUAUUUAAACGAGCACGCGAGCUUGUCGCGGAUGUAUAUCAUGGUUUAGUACAAGGCACCGUACGAGAUAUUGCUAAAUGUAGCAAAAUAAUAAAAGCAGUUGAUGAUAAUAAUAUCGAUGAUUUACGCACCAUACUUACUCAAUUAAAUCAUAGAGAUGUCGAAGAAUACCUCCGACGAUCUGUUGAUUCAAUGAGACGAACACCAAUACAUUUUGCUGCCUGGGCAGAAAAUACGGAAAUACUUGAAGUAUUACUUGAUUAUGUCAAUGAACCUGAUAUUGAAGAUAAAACUGGCGCAACACCAAUGAUGUUUGUUGUAGGUAGUGGUAAUGAUUGUUUAAAAAAAAUGACUAUGUUAAUUAAUAAACAUGCUAAUGUUAAUAAAAAAGAUAAAUCCGGUUGGACAUUACUUCACGCUGCCGUUCAAUCAAAAAGACGAGAUAUUUUGGAAUUACUUUUGGCUAAUGGGGCUAAUAUACAUAUGACCGAUGGAGAUUAUCGUUCAUUGUUACAUAUUGCAUGUGAUAAUGGAGAUAUUUCACUGGUAAAAUAUCUUUUAGAAAAAGGUGUUAAUUUAAAAGGAAAAGAUAAAAAUGGUUGGACACCAUUACAUAUUGCAUGUGGUCCAGCCGAUGAUUAUGAACUUGUUCAUUAUUUAAUACAAAAAGGUGCUGAUCCAUAUGCUCGUGAUGCAAAUGAAUGUACGCCAUUUCAUUUAGCAACUCAAUUUAAGGCAACAAAAGUUGUACACUAUUUGAAAACUCUUGAUAAUCUAGAUACUGAUAGUGAUAGUGAUGAUUUAAGUUCGGAUUUAGGUGUGGCAAAUGAUACAUAUGAAAGUGAUAAUGUAUUCGAAUCAGAACCACCUUCGAGUAGAGUAUCACAAAAAUCCAAUAUAUCUAUUCGAAUGGUUGAAUUGUCAUUAAAUAAACAACAAGUUGUUAAACUUUAA